AUGAAGUGGUUAUUAGUUCUGUUCCUGACGGCGACGCUUUAUGCUGAAGUGACCCCAAAGAGGAUACUGGCGUUUUUUCCACUCAUUGCCAAGUCCCACCAUUUCAUCUUUAGGCCUAUAAUGGAAGAAUUGACUAAGAGAGGACAUGAAAUAGUCUAUGUUACCGGGUUCGGUUAUGAAAAUGGCCCACCUAAAGGAAUCACCCAGAUCAACAUUAAACAGUACUUGCCUUUCAGAGAAGCUGAAGGAAACGUGACGGACUUGAUUGGUGCUACAGCUUUCGACAGCGCGAUGCGGUUCUACAAGUUCGGGAUAAAACUGUCCCAUAUGAUUCUGAACGCUCCUCCUGUAAAGAAACUGAUACAUUCAAACGAUCAUUUCGAUGCUGUAUUGAUGGAGUCAUACGCAGUACAAGAAUACCAGAGUGCUUUAAUACACAAGUUCGGUUGUGUCGGGAUUGAAAUCAUACCAUUAGGUGACUUUAGCUGGGUCAAUGAAAUCUCUGGGCUUCCAUCCAAUCCUUCCUAUCAACUUGACUUUAAGUCUGAAGUGACAGAGAACAUGAACUUCUUUCAGAGAUUGUAUAACACAUACGUUAUUACAAUUUCUUCUUUGAUUGGUUAUUAUAAACUGUUCGAGAUGCAAAGAAUCGUGGAUCAGUACUUCACAUAUCCUGGCUGGGAGACAAGACCACCACUGAGCCAACUUCUCGCCAAUAGAAGUUUGAUCCUUACCAAUAGCCAUUUUGCCGUUGGAUAUCCUCAACCACUCACUUCCCAUAGAAAAGAGAUUGGAGGAGUUAAUAUUUUGCCAAACAAGCCCUUACCGCAGCAUUUACAAAAAAUCAUGGAUGAAAGCACCAACGGCGUAAUAUACUUUUCUCUUGGUUCCAACAUAAAUGUCUCAGACCCACAUAAUGAGAAUAUUACCCAGGCAUUUAUGAAUACGUUUCGGGAACUACCACAUAAGGUUUUGAUGAAAUGGGAAGUUGAAUAUACAGGCCCAAAACCACCUGCUAAUGUCAAACUGGAGAAAUGGUUUCCACAGCAAGAUAUAUUAUCUCACAAGAACUGCAUUCUGUUCAUCACCCACGGCGGCCUUCUCAGCCUUACGGAAGCUGUCCACUUCGCUGUCCCAGUGAUAGGUGUCCCCUUCUUCGGAGACCAAGCCAAAAACUUCUUCUUUGCUGAAGAAGCAGGAAUUGGAAAAAUGAUCAGGCUUGAAGAAAUAUCCUACGAACGAGUGUCUAGCACAAUAAAGGAAGUCCUCUCAAACAAAAGAUAUAAGGAAGAAAUUAUGAAAAGAUCCAAAAUCUUCCGUGACAAACCAGAAGAACCAGUAAAAACAGCAGCGUACUGGAUUGAACAUGCAAUGAAGUAUCCCAAUGUCCUGACACCGAAAUCGGCGAGUAUAUCCUACAUACAGCUUCACCUGUUGGAUGUGAAACUGUUCGUUGGAGUAAUACUAUCUGCUAUUUUAUAUGCGGUUUGGAAGUUAUUAGCAACGAUUGCAAAACUCUUCAGAGGUAAACCAACGACUAAAAAAGUUAAAAGGAGCUGA